AUGACACAGUACGGAGACACCACUUUAAAGGCAAAGAUUAAAGGUUGCUUUCCAUCAUAUUCCUGUAUAAAUGGGUACACAAACUUCAGCAUUGGAAAUAUGUCUUUUUUCUGCUGUCGCAUGGACCUUUGUAACGCCCAAGAUGCUCCAGAUCCUUCUGUAGAUUCCAGUUCUACCAACUUUGAUAUCCCCAGUGAUGUUCCCAAUGGAAAGAAAUGUUACUCUUGCGAUGAGAAGAGCUGCUCAAAAAUAAGAGACUGUUCGGGGAGUGAAGACCACUGCUUUACAGCAACCGCGAGUUUCGGAAGCCAGUCAGUUGCUGCAAAAGGCUGUAUCUCUAAAAAAGCUUGUGAUGCCUCAGCAAUGCUUCCCAGUGGUCAGGGCAUCAAAUGUUGUGAGGGGAACCUGUGUAACGGUGUCAGUGUCAACCAGAUCAACAUCCAGAGUCCUGACGGUGCUCAGAGCGUCUCUCAGAGCUUCCUGUUCCUCUGCUGUUCUCUGCUCUCCUUCAUCCUGCUGCACUGAAUCCAGCAGAUCUUCACAUUCUGCAGCUGCAGAAAAUAUUUUUAUAGAAGACAGUUGGUAUGAUUAUUCAGGGUCUUUUAGGGUCUGUCUGGAGAAAAUAAGGACUCUUCACAUUCUACAAUGAUACUGUAUACAUACAUGGCUUGCAUUUUCUUUAGUAUUCCAAUAUGAUGAAGUGAGAAGUAUACAGGAAAUGUAUGUAUAUA